AUGGACGGACACCAAGAAGAUAUUCCUUUGCAAGAUCUGGCUGGACGAAAUCAAAAUCAGUGUGAAGCGAACCGAGACGAGAAUUCGGAGAGUCCAAAUUUGUUGGAAAUAUAUUUUUCUCGAUAUGUGCGAGCACUGGUCCCAGAGGUCCCCCACCCUGCUGAACGAGCAGAGUACAAUCCGCAUGUUUAUUUUAUGUUUCUCUAUUCCAUGGGACAAUUAGCCCUGUUCAUAGCAGACGAGGUGACCAAAGACGAGUCUUAUUCUACAUCGAGUGGCGUGAUAGCCAAAGUGUUGCAAUAUGAUCCUCAAUAUAGAUCACAAUUUUGGAGAUAUUUUACUUAUAUCUUCGUCCAUAGUGGGUACCUCCACAUCAUCGUGAACCUGAUAUUUCAACUGGGAUUCGGCAUACCUCUGGAAGAGGUGCAUGGAUACAACAGGGUGACGAACAUUUAUUACUACGGAAACCUGGCCGGUAGCUUGGCGCACGGUAUAAUCGACUCGAAUGCCAUACUGAGCGGAUCCAGCGGUGGGGUAUAUGCCCUUAUGACUGCCCAUUUGGCACAAGUUUUCUUGAACCUGGGUGAUUUGCCCACUUCGAUGACCUGCAUCCAAUUGCUGAUAAUAUCGCUAUUGGUUUUUCCCGAUCUAGGCCUAUCAGCUUACCAGAAGUAUUACCUCCAACAAAUCACUGAGGAGAGGGUAACUUGUCAGUUAGCGGGUGUUUGUGUCGGUUUCCUCUAUGGCAUAUACGCCAUAAGAGACGCGAACAUCUCUCAGACUGAGAAGUACAUCGGGGAGGUAGCAGGAGUGGUUUUCUUCCUUCUUAUGGUAACUGGAAUAGUUCUCAACAUAUUGCAUGUGACUGUUUGA